UGAAAUUCAUAGUGUGCUCAAUUUCUUAUUAUUCCAAGUGACAGAAAUAAACAUGAUAAAUCGUAAAGAAUAAACCACAUUCCUAAAAACUUAACUGAUUUCAAAAGCAAUUACUAGUUAAUUUAACUCAGAUGUUUCCGUCUCCUCUACAUUGUUGUAUCAAUGCAGUAGUUUCAGGUGCAGUGUAUGGGGCAGGAUUUAGUAUAGAAGAGGAGAUAUAGUCGGCACUUGUGGUUUAUUCAGAAAGAGCCAAUUGGAAUUUUCUUUCAUUUGCAGCAAUCUUCAAUGCCACACAUUGGUAGAGAAUUUCGUCAAUGAGAACAAGAGGAAUUAACAUGAGGGUGUUCAAAUUUCUGUUAGCUUUUUUCAUUAUUGUGGAUAAUAUUUUCUUUUCCUAUGGAGCUUGCUGUUACGGUACCAAGGAUUUGAAAUAUGGCAUACCUGCUGGAUGUUAUUCAGACUGCAAUGAAACGUUUGCAAAACCAAACAAUAAUAUCUGUUCCGUUUCUUAUCUUCUUUACACCGGAGAUAACAUUGACUCGCCAUGCUACGUAGAGCCUAAAAAUGAAGAAUUUGAUCACUGUGCAUUUGAUCCAGGUAUAGAAACUAAAAUUUUGAUUCAUGGAUAUUCAACAAAAUUAUCACCUGGGAAUGUCUUUGAUCGGAUAAAGAAUAGUUUAUUGUCAAUAGAUCCCUACAAUGUUAUUAUUGUUAAUUGGACGAAUUAUAAUCAAGGAAUAUACAAACAUGCUGUAGAAAAUGCAUAUUUAACAGGAAUCGAAGUUGGAAAAUUCAUUAAUUACCUAACGAAGGAAAAAGGACAAACUGCAACAAGUAUUCAUGUUAUAGGACACAGCUUAGGUGCUCAUGUAGCUGGAGUUGCAGGAAAACGAGUUCCUUAUUUAGGACGAAUAAGCGGCUUGGACCCUGCUGCUCCGUUAUACAAAUUAAAUGUUACGUAUAAUCGGUUGACUGGUUCAGAUGCACUUUUUGUGGAUGUAAUUCAUUGCAGCAAUGGAGUGAUUGCAAACGGAGGGGUAGGAUACGGAAUUCCGUAUCCCAUUGGCAAUAUCAACUUUUAUCCAAAUGGUGGAAUUAAUCAGCCGGCAUGUGUAUUAGGAAGAGAUUAUGCAACUGCUGAUUUGGAAGUUAAGAAAAUUAAGUCAAACGAUGAUUUAAUCAGCUGUCGGCACGACAUAUGUCCCAUAUAUUUCUGGUAUUCGAUCCAAGACUGCGUGUUCCUCAGCAGAGAAUGUUACAACUAUAAAAGAUACAACAUGGAAGAAUGUUUCUCGGAGUCACAUCCUGUAGCUGUAAUGGGACUGUACGCAAAAGAUAUACCAAACAUUCCCAAUCAUUCUAAGUUCUAUUUGAAUACUACUGCAGAUCCACCGUAUUGUUUAGAAAAUUGUGACUGAAUCCAAAAUGCUUAAUUUUGGAAUAAAAUGAUGAAGCAAAGAUACAAGUGCCAGAAUCUAUGUGGCAUGUUGAAAUUAAAAUAACAGAACUAGUAUGCUAAUUUUGCUAUAUGAUUCAAAUGAUUCAUUCUAAAAAAAUAAAAAUAGGAUAUACUCA